GGAGACGCUCACGUCUACAUAAAGAGCAGGAGGCGGUGCGACAGCGAAAGGCUCUCAAUUUUAUUGCACGGUGACAACGGGCUGUUUUCACUGUGGAAAUAAGAGUUUAUUAGUACAGUACUCUGUUGGGUGGGUCCCCACCCCUCAUUCUGCACUGAAGAUCUGCUUGAGCACAACUGUAAUACCUGAAUUGACAGCUCAGUGAGGAAAUGGCUAAGUUAUUCCGGGCUGUUAUCAUGGGUCCACCAGGCUCGGGAAAGGGGACCAUCUCGGAGAGGAUCGCGCACAGUUUCGGCCUUAAACAUUUGUCCAGUGGAGACUUUGUUCGAGAAAACAUCGCUGCGAAAACUGAGGCUGGCGUUCAAGCUAAGACGUACAUAAAAAAAGGAUUGCUGGUACCAGACCAUGUCAUGACACGUCUUCUGCUGCCUCGAUUGGGGAUGACCAAAUACAGCUGGUUGUUAGAUGGUUUCCCGCGAACACUAGCACAGGCUGAAGCGCUGAACAGUGCGUGUGAUCUGGAUGUAGCCAUUAACCUCAACAUCCCUCUGGAAACACUGAAGGAAAGGCUGCGACAUCGAUGGAUACAUCCGCCCAGUGGAAGAGUGUACAAUAUGUGCUUUAAUCCUCCCCGUGUCCAGGGAAUAGAUGACAUCACAGGAGAGCCAUUGAUUCAACAGGAGGAUGACAGACCAGAAGCCCUAGUGGCCAGACUGAGACACUACAAAGAUGUUGCCAAACCUGUCAUAGACUUUUAUAAGGCUAAAGGCAUUCUGUACACAUUCUCGGACACAGAGACAGAUCGGAUCUGGCCGAAUAUCAGCGCACUUCUCAGCACAAAGAUCCCCGCCAUUCAAACAGAUGCUCGGUGUGCUUCAACUCACUGAGGAAAUCCUUCGACAAUCUUAUAUCGAAGACAAAGAUGUGGCCUCAUCUCAGAGGAAUUACUGAUCGACCACAUUUGGUUUCCAAAGAUUCCAUCCUAGUAAUUUUUAGCAUCGUAACAACAACCAUUGGUAGUAUAGUAUUAUUUUUCGUAGUGAUAACUUUAGUAAUUUCAGUUCCUGAAAAGAUACAUACAUUUGAAAGACUUGUUCUCCGCUUUUAGCAUUUGCUGGAAUCUGGGAAUCGGUUGGGGUAAAAUUCAUUUUAUAUGUUAUUACAAUAGUUGUAAAAGAGUGUUAAUGGUUACUAGAUUUCAACUCAGACCGCACAAAUUUUAUAUACGGUAAAUGUGAUUAAAUCGUAUAUGAAUAAUGAAGGGCAGACGCAUGUGACAUUGUGUAUGUAAAUGAGACACUGAACUGUUUAAGCAUUCCAGUAAGAUUUAAUUAUUUCUGAACGGGCUUUAUAUCAUCUCUGUUUGUAGUGUUUGCCUUUUUAUAUAUUUCAUAGUAGUGUUGUCAUGCUGCUAUACACUAUAAAGAAUGCUAUAAUUAUUUGUAUGUGUUUUACAAGCUCUAUAAUCCAAAUAUGCCGCAUAUGCCUUGGAGAAGUACCAUUUCUUGAUCAGCUGAAAUGGCUUAAGAAAAGUCUUAUUCUUUAAAAUGCAUUGACAGAAUGUUUAACUGUGUUAAAAAUCAAACCAGAGUGUGAAUAACACUAUAGCAAAUGGCAAUAUAUAAGUAUAAUGUGAUGAAAUAAUUCUAUACAAUAACAGAUAUUCUUUAAACACUGCCUUCUUUCAUAAAUACUGUUCAGCAUAGGAUUUUUAAAAGCCAUAUCUGGGAGAACCGUUGAUAGAAAAGAAUCUAAUGGGGUUAUACGGUUAUGUAUUGUACCCAUUUAAUAACUGUGACUGUGUUCAGCCAGAACAACAGUGAGAAUUUUUUUUUAUCCAGAAGAUUAAAGCACAGAUUUAUAAAAAAAACACAGAUUAAAUUACAAUUAGAUUACAAUUUUUGUCCCCAAAUAGAGAAGCUAAAGGUGUGUUAGGCACACAUGACUUUAUAGUUAUCAACCUAUCUUUAUUUCUCUCUGUUUUCUUUUAUUCUUGCUUCACUUUCUCUCUCCCAUGUUCUGUUUUAAUCUCUGUCAAUCUUACAUACCAGAGAAAACACUCUAAAUAUCUCCACACCUUCUUCUUGUGCAAUACCAUAUACAAGAAUGUACAUGCUUGAGCUUUCCCUUUUUUUCCCCCCAAAGAAAAUAAACUUAUUUUCACAGAAA